AUGGCCACUGCGGGUUCAGGUGCUACUGGCCCGAGUUACACCAGUCCGGGUAUUCCAGGGGGAGGUUUUACUGGUGCAGGUUUAUCUGGGGCGCGCAGGGCUUCCCCGAAUAACUCCAAGCGGGACCUGCUUCCGCCCCCCGCGGGGGGCCAUAGCGGGGGGGCGGGGGCCGGAGGUGGUAGUGGGGGGAAUCCAUUGGGGGGGAACCCGAUGGCGCGGACGCGGUCGAGCCAGGAACCCGUGCGCCUGGUGCCCCAGAUGGGCAGCGCGGAGGAGAGCGCACAGGCGGGCGCUGCGCCUUCCCCCCUCCCCGCUACUGCAGGCGCGCUGGGGGCGGGACCUAGUGGGGCGGGGGGAGGCAGAGGCGGAGCUGUGUUGGCGCCUUCAUUGAGCUUUGCCAAUGGGGUUGGUUCAGGCAUGGGGGCAGUGGCGGCUGGUGGCGCAGGGGUAGGGGCUGGGACAGGAAUGGGAGCAGGGGCACCCGUAGGGGGUGGGGGAUGUACUGGCUCGGGUACUGGUGCUGCUGGUGGUGCAAGUGGGGCGAAGGAAAAGGAGAGCCUUCGCGUGCAGGCACUGAGUAAUGCCAUUCGGCACAACAGCCACGGCGGGGAGAAGGACAGAGACAGCUAUAGAGACAAGGAACCCCUAGGCCGCUCCACCACUCAGUACUCAGAAGAAGGGGGGUCAGCAGCAGCAGUUGCCGGAUCAGCUGUUGCUGCCACUGCUGGGUUCGGUGGGAGUGCGAGAGGCUUGGGAGGCGGUUUUGCUUCGGACACAGCUUCGGAUACGGCUGCAGGGCAGGUGCAUGGUAUGAGGGAUGGCAGCUUCCCCCCUUCUCCUGCUCCGGAUAAGUCGUGGUAUGCUGUGUCGCCAUUGGUGGAUUUUCACCCGGGGUCCAGCCCGCCGCCCCCUUUCAUGCCCGGGCAGAGUCCGCUGAGAGAUAGUGCUUUCAAGCUGCCCUUGCCUGCUGUGGGAGGGAAUGGGGCAGGUAAUUCCGGGCAUGAGGGGUUAGGGGAGAUUAGAACAGAGGAUGGGCAGAUAGGGGGAGGGGGUACGGGGGAUGGAGAAUUGUCUAUGGAUGGUGGAAAGGGAGUUGCAGCUGAGGGUUCAUCUCACGAGGAGGCUCCUUGUUCCAAGAACGCAGAUACGCUAUGCGGGGAGGAUGACGACGACCCUAAUAACGCAGGCUCGGGAUCCUCCCCAAGCAGGCCGUCAGGUCCGGAUGGGCCGGUUGGGAAUCCACGCCGCCGAGCCGAGCGAUCAGGUGCGGGAAACAGGCCUGGAACAGGGUCGUACCUGCCGAUAUACCGACAGAUUGGCGUUCCCCGUAGUUCCUCGCACGACCCCGCAAGUCUGUUCGCGCAGAAGCAGCAUCACGCCGGGUUCACCGUGCAGGAGUGGGAAGAAGCGCUUAAAGACGGCAGCGGCGGGGACAGCAGCGGACCGCCAAGCGGCGGAACGGGCUUCGGGCGGAGCAACAGCGGAGGGGGCGGGGGAGGGGGAGGAAGGGCGGCUGGGAGCGCAGUCCCGCGCGGAGGCGGCGGAGCCUCGGGAAUGCCGAGAGGCGGAGCUGGUGCGUCGCCGUUUUCCAUUCAGGGGAAGGUGGUAUCCGGGGCAGGGCGAUCUAUGAUGAUGCCUCCGCGCAACUCGUCCGUCCCCGCAGCGUUGCCCACGCAUAAAGGCACCGCCACGGGACUGCAAGACUCCGCGCGCGGAGGCGGAAGGCAGCUCCGCGCGUUCGCAUCCGCCGCGCCAGGGCGCAUGGACGGCCCCGCUGCCCUGGGGUCGGAGCUGGGCCGGCGCGACUCGUACAACCUGAUUCUGGACCAGUUUCUGUCAACAGACGGAAACGCUAGCGGCCCAGAUUCGCCUGGUAUGGGAAUGGGUCCGGAGGAGAGGAGAGGACCGGCCGAAAUUGGCGGGGGGGUGGAGUUACGUAGGGUUGUAACGACGGGGAGGCAGCAGAGGGCGGAAAGGGGUGGAGCGGAUGUUUUGGUGGUAGAGUGCGGUGGAGAUGGUGGGAACGCGGACGGGAGUGUGCACGGCGGAGGUAGGAUGCAUGGAGGGAUUCGGCUGCAUGGAAGUAAUAGUUUCCACGGGCAACCGAGUAGCGGUGGUGCUGCUGGUGGGGGUUUCGAUGGCAGCAGCAGCACAACAGCGCCCACUGCCCCUGCUGCUGCUGCCGCUUCUGGUGGUGCUGCGUCAGCAAUAAGCCAGCCCCCCCACCACCCCGUGCACCACCCAGCAUGUAGGCAAUUCCCCCGUUCCUCUAGUGACAGCGGAAGGAAAUCGUCUCCUAGUCGUCGGAGCCCUAGCAGCAGCCCCAGCCGCGGCGUGGGGACCAUUGGCGGAAGCAACCUUGCGCCUCCCCCGCUCGUCUCCCCCCACCAUCUCUUGGACGGGGGCGCCGGGCUGGGUAUGGGUGGGCAUAGCGCUGCGAGCAGCUGGACUGGCGAAGGGAUGGGCGGAGGCGUUGUGGGGGGGUUUGGGGGAGCAGCAGCAGCAGGAGCAGGAAACAGUGUUCCGGUAGGGUUUGAGAAGCCAAGAGGGGUUUCGCCAACGAGAGGAGCUGGGUCUAUUCUUGUAGCGUCGUCUGGGAAGAGGCUAUCAAGGCAGAGCUCUGGAUCUGUGGGGGAUGGUGUGGAUUACAGCAGCAGCUUUGAGAGCUACUCUACUGCUGCUGGCGCUGACGUGGCACGAGAUGGCAUGGACGGGGACUCGGACCACGGGCAGGUUAACGGGCAGCGGAAACUCCGGGGGCAGGCGCUGGGAGGGAGUGGGAACGGGAGGCAGAAACACAGGCGAGCGGUUAGCGAUAACGAGUGUGCUCAACCAGGGGAGGUGGAGUCUGGGGAGGGGGAGGAGGGGGGAAGAGAGGGUGUGGGGGAGGGAUGGGCGGAUGGACAGGUAGAGAGGGGCAUGGGAGGGAGGAGAGGGGGCGGAGAGGGUGGAACAAUGCAUGGGGGUGGUUGGGAAGAGGGGGGUGAAGAUGGCGGGGCAGAUGUUGGGGAGAUUUCAUUUGGGCGGCAGCAAUCAGUGGCGGAGAUAGGGGGGAGUUGCGGAGGCAUGGGGGGAAGGGACGGGGAAAGGGCGGGGGAAGGGGGAGGGGAAGAAGACGGGGGAGGGGAGGAGGAGGAGAGUGACUCAGGCAGUGUGGUGGAGUGGGCUCUGGCAGGCUCGCCACAGAGCAUCUCGGCUGUAGCAGAGGCGGCAGAAGGGGGGAGGGGAGGUGGAGGGGGUGGGGCCGCUUCAGCUGCAGGAGAGGGGGAGGGCGUAUCUGGAGCAGGCGCAUCUGGAACUCAUCCCGUUUGGGGCGGCUUUCCGCGUCUCAACGUGGAGAUUGCGAGCCUGCAGUCGUUCUCAGAUGAGGACAACCCCAGUAACCGGAGUGUGGGAUCGCUGCAGGGCAUGGGCAGUGGGCGGGGUGUGGGCAGCGAACAGGGCAUGGAUAGCGCUCAGAGCAGCUUACUGAACAGCAGCUUGGGAAAAGGAGCGGGCGGAGGGGUUGGAGAGGUGGGCAAGCAGUAUGCGUUGACUGCGGACGACUGGCUUGACUACGACCCCCCUGGAGAUGCGCUGCUGAGGCGGUGCGUGCACCGGGCGUCUGGCACUCAGCUCAUGUGCCGCACGAUUUCCAAGCAGAGCAUUCGGUCGCAGCAGCAGGCGGAGGCCAUCGGGGUGGAGGUGGCAGUGAUGGAGGUGCUGCAGCCGCAUGCUCACAUCGUUGGGCUCAGAGACAAGUUCGAGAGCCUCACGUCCGUGCAUCUCAUACUGGAUCCCAUGGCGCGCCUCUCUCUGCACGACCGCAUGCGCCAGCACGGCCCCAUCCCUCAGCACCACGCAGCACCGCUCUGCCUCGCGCUGCUGCACGCGCUGCACCACUGCCACUCUCAGGGCGUGGCCCACCGUAACCUCACGCCCCAUGCUGUCGUGUUUCCCACUGAUGACAGCCCGCUGGGGGAUGCCCGGCUGAGUGGAUUCGAGUGGGCAGCGUUUGUCACCCCAGGAGUCCCCUUUUCAGACCCAGUGUCCCUGCCCUUGUUCGCGGCACCGGAGGUGCACGCGGGAAGGUACGGCACACAGGCCGACCUCUGGUCCCUCGGGGUCCUGCUCUUCCUCCUCCUCUGCGGGGUCCCGCCCUUCUGGGCGGCCACGGGCGGCGGGAUUCGGCGGGCAGUGCAGCAGCAGCAGGUGGCGUUCCUGUCGCCCCGGUGGAAGGAGGUUUCCGAUGAAAUGAAGCAGCUGCUGCUGAUGCUGCUCGAGAAGAAUCCUUCCGACCGGCUCACAGCCGCCGAGGCUCUAGUGAUCUUUCUCCUUCUGGGCACCAGCAAGGGAGGGGUGGGGAUGGGGGUGGCGGGCAGUGCAGCAGCAGCAGGUGGCGUUCCUGUCGCCCUGGUGGAAGGAUGUAUCAGAUGA